AUUUAAAGCUUCUAAGUCUAAUUGAGAAGUCCUUUAAACAAAAAAAAAAAGCCUAAUUGAGAAGUUACUUUUCUUGAUGUGUUUAUUGCACCAUCUCUAAGUUCUUAUUCUGGCCGGCACGAUUCAUUUAAACAUUUUAAAGAAAUUUGCAGCCAAUAUUUUGUAUAUAAUGAAAGACCUAAGCUCGAGAUGUCUCGCUCUCUGCCCUUCAAAUAAAGUAAAAAGACCAAUUAGGUUUCUAUGUAAUUUGAUUGGAUUAUUUAUCAGCAAGCUUCUAUAGAACUGUUGCAAUAAUGUCAGCUAUAUUCUAAGCUACUUAUACAUGCCUACAAAAAAAUAAAAAAAACAACAACAAACAGAGUGCAACUGGUGAUAACUACAAACCCUCAUUUGCAAAAGCAAGAUGGGAAGUAAAAAUACUAAACACUGUACAAACUCCUGUCUCACAUUACAUCAGCCAUGGGCUUCAUUGCUUGUUCAUGGCAUCAAGCGUGUUGAAGGGAGGUCCUGGCCUGCCCCUAUAAGAGGCCGACUUUGGAUUCAUGCUGCUGGUAAGGUCCCAGAUCCAACCACAAUUAAAGCAAUGGAGGAUUUCUACAGGGAAAUAUAUGCUGUUGAUGGGAUAGUGGACCUCAAGUUUCCAGAAUAUUAUCCUGUUUCAAGACUUGUAGGUUGUGUUGAAGUUGUUGGGUGUAUAAACGUAGAGCUGGUAUGCUGGGGGGACUUGCCUGAAGGGGUGAAACUGGAAGGGAAAACAGAUUUUUGCUGGCUUUGUGAAGAACCAAACAAAUUGAUCGUACCAUUAGAGAUGCGAGGACACCAGCGUAUCUUUAACUUGGACAACCAAUUAUAUGAGGCUGCAGUUAGAGGUCUUUGUCCAGUUGAUGCAUCAUUACCAAUUAAGUUUCCACUUCCAGAUCCACAAGACCUGUUCUCUCUGAAGCCAGGGUCGCUUGGUUCUAAUUGCGAAACCUACAAAGUAUCCGAACUUGAUGAACCUCGGAGUGUCUCUGCUGCCAUAGCUGGUGGUCAGGCAGCUGCUGCACAGUUCUCAAAGAAGAGGAAUUGCGAAUACUCAGCAAUCCAAGGAGAAGCUGUGCCUGUUUCUGCUAGAACUAGGAAGAAACUUGAGGAAUCUUGGAUAUACUGUUGAAGACCAAAAGAAAAACACAGAGAACAAAAUCCAACGGGUUACAAACAAGCAGUCAAAGACCACUAGUCAAGGCCUCAGCUUCUGUCAUCACAGGCCAGAAAGCUGAAGUCAGGAGCAACCUUUCUUCCCUAUGGAAGAAAUGUCACUUCUACCAACCACAAAAUAGGAAUGGAACGUUGACAUAGAGCUCAGAGUCUAGUAGCAUAGCAAUAAGACCGUUUGAACUCAA